UCAAUUUCGGAGGUGCGGUCUUUGGCUCAGUGUGCAAUUUCGUGUCGAUCGGUGCGGUUCCAGUUGUGUUGCGGUGGACACGCGUUCUUGUGUAUUUUGAUGAAAAGUUUUUUUUAUAGUAUACAUAGUUACACUAAUUAGUGUGUGGUGAAAAGUUUUACCCAUUAUAAAACGGUGUCAGUGUCGAGAAUGUGAUUAAUUUGUUUUCAAAAGAAUCGAAUAUAAAUUGCCUGAAUCCACAAAACAAUUGAAAAGUGUCUGUGGAUAAAUCAAGUGAAUGAAAGGAAGUGAAUAAAAGUGUUUCAACAUGAGAGAAAACAGUUAAUUCACAACAUAGUAAUUAAAAAAAGUAGUUUUAACAUUACAUUGUGCAUCAAGGUGAAACAAUCAAGGAAGAAGUUAAGUGUAUCAAAACAAUGGAUACCUCAGGAUUAUCUCCAUUAGCCGAUCUGGACUCCAGUUCCGGUGGCUCGGAUGGCGUCGGCGGUUUCAACCAUGGACAAAACAUUUACAUGACCCAAGGAGCAUACCGUGACAAUCAAAACCCGAUCAAGACGCUAUUUUUUUCGGAUAAGCUGCAAGAAUUUACCGACAAGGAACCAUACCAUCAGGAGCGAAAGUAUCACGAAAACAAUUACACAAACCAUAUGAAAGUAGGACCCCAGGGACAGGUGCAACAUACGGGCGACAUUAUUUACUAUGCCAGUAAACCCAUGAGUGAAGGAUCGCCGGGUAGUGUGCUGGUGAACGGGAGCAGCACUAAUGGCAGCACCGGAAGCAAUGGCAGCAAUGGUCUUCUCUCCGUUCCGAACGGUUCCGUGGGUGGUGGUGUUGUCGUGUCGAACGGUCUGCCAUCGUGUGGAGCCUUGACACGGACAGACAACAAUAACAGUUCCUACCUGCAAUCGUUGCAUCCUCCACCACAGCCACCACCACCAUCCACAGCACCCAGCACGGUACAUCCGCUGGGGGUGACGAACGGAACCGGCGAACUGGAGCGCAAGUGCUUCAGCUUUAGCCAGGACCAGAUCCAGUGUAUGUGUGAGGCGUUGCAGCAGGAAGGUGAUCCGGAGAAGUUGGCCACCUUUCUGUGGAGCUUAUCGCCGAGCGAUCUGAUCAGCGGUAACGAAAGUCUUUUGCGGGCUCGUGCUCUUGUCGCCUACCAUCGCGGACUCUACCAUGAGCUGUACGCCGUGCUGGAGUCACACUUCUUCUCGCCGAAGUAUCAUGCCGAUCUGCAGGCGCUCUGGUUUAAGGCACACUAUCGCGAGGCGGAAAAGGUUCGGGGCCGUCCACUCGGUGCGGUGGACAAGUAUCGGUUGCGCAAGAAGUACCCGCUGCCGAAAACGAUCUGGGACGGGGAGGAAACGGUGUACUGCUUCAAGGAGAAGAGCCGCAACGCGCUGAAGGACUGUUACACCCGCAACCGCUAUCCGACGCCGGACGAGAAGAAAACGCUGGCGAAGAAGACGGGCCUCACGCUGACGCAAGUUUCCAACUGGUUUAAGAACCGUCGCCAGCGGGACCGAACGCCCCAGAGCAGUCGACCUGAUCUGAUGAUGUCGGUGCUGCCGGUCACACCGGACCAGAUGGACGGUAGCUAUCAGCGGCUGUUUAAUGUGGCCAAUUAUGGACCUGCGCACGGUUAUCACGCAAAUGAUAUGUACGCGGUGCAGUAGGCGAAUCUGGCGUUAGGGGAAAAGGAGACGGCAGGGCAAUCCCAAAGCACUUUUCCGGAAGCCGUUCGCGUGCGCCCAUUUGUAUGCGGUGUUGAUCCUUGUGUAGCGAUUUUUGACGAUGGGGUUGAUCACUUUGUGAUAGGCUGUAUUUAAUUCGGCUGGUGGUGCGUUUUGCGUUGAGAAGAACUCGUUCUCCAUUUUGCUCUUGAUGGUCCGAAUGAGUUAUCUGUAAAUAUCAGACAUAGGGACGAGAGAUGGCAUGUAAUGAAAGUGUAAGAAUAGAUUCGUCCUUUUAAGGGAAGGAUUGAUUCUGAAAAGAUACUACUGUACAUAAUCUAAAUCAUUGUUCAUACGAUAAGAGAGACAAACAAAAUGCCAGUGAAAUGUAAAUCAUAUAGUAAGAAAGGAUAAUAAAAUUAAAAAUCAUGAGAGACGAACGAAAAUCUAAUAAAGAAAUGAAAAAGUUGUACAGAGAUGAAGCUUCGUUCGUUUCCGAAUAAACAAGAGAAGAAUGAUAUAAAAUAAAACAUUUGUAUAGUUUAUUU